UUCUUUCCUCGUUUUUCAUCCGAUUUUCCCCAUCAUCUUCCCUAUAUAUUCUUCUCCCCCAGAUUUUCUGUGGGUAAUUUUCAUCCAUUUCCAAAGAGCUUUCGAAAUACCCAACAAAUUGAUCUCUGUUUCUGAUUCUGUUAUGGCUGCAGCUCUUCCCAGCCUGCGCUGCUUCUUUCUACCAACCCUUUUUAUUCUUCUCGUUCUUCGUCCUUCUCAUGGAGCUCUCCAUUCCUCUCCUCAUCUCAACCCCACCAACCCCAAAUCCAUCUCUUCGAUUGAAACUAUUGUAGAUGGGUUUAAGAAGGAUUUGAAGGAGAUGAUUGGGAAGGGAUUAGGGUUUGUGGGCGACGAUUUUAAGGUCUCAGGAUUUGAUUUCAAAGAUGCGAGAGUUGGGAAUUCAGUUGCUUAUGAGUUUGAGUUGGAGAUUGAUAACCAAGUUUAUCCAUUGAAGUUUUUGGAAAAUGCCAAACAAUGGGAAUAUGUAGAUUUGCCUAUUUUUCAGAUUCAAGAGCAGUCUCAACAGGAAGACAAGAAUUUGUUGGCCCAGAAACGUAAUCUGGGCCAUGAUUUGCCUGUUUUGGCUCCCUUUCAGCUUGCCGGACCGAUGGAGCUCUGGAUUCAGGAUGCUGAUGGCAUGAGGGUCUCAUUGCCACAUGAUGUGGAUGCUGGUGUCUUGAAAAAGGUUGUUCUGGCAGAUGGAGCAGUUGUUACUGUAACUGGUGCUAGAUCUGUUAGCCUGCGUCAGCCACUCAAUCUUCCUCUCCCGCUCAAUCGAACAACCCCUGGGUUUGCCACUGGUCUUGUAGCCUUAGCCGAACAGCUUCGCCACAUUUCCCGAUCUCAAUCGACCCCGCUCCUUUCUCUUCGUAUCGUUGGUCCUACCUCCCUCACUUCAUCUCCUAGCUCCACCAACAACAAGCUCAAGCUCAAGCGCCUCGCCCCAGGCUUAGUGGAACUCUCAUCCCCCAUCCAAGCCAUCCAGUCUCCUUCCUCUGUCCAACUUCAAGCUGAAGCCCCCACCAUCCUAACACCAAAGGCAUUCACGACGCUAUGGCCAAUCACCUCCAUCAAUGGCUCGAACUCGAAAUUACUUGGUUUUGAGACACUCCUGACAUCCCUUCUCGGCCCGAAGGCAAACAGAAAGGGCUCCUUCAAACUGUUGAAGGCCAAUGUCUCUGCCCAAACAACCUUGAGGAUCGGUUUUGGUGUUGACAAGAAGUUGGAAGAAGGAGAUGGAAUCAACUUGGAGGGAUUUCCAGAAUGGAGGACUAAACCCGACGUUAUGAGGUUGCAUUUUGAGGUUCUGGCAACAGUUGACGGUGAGCGUAUCAUACCAGAGAGGGUGAUGCCGGUUACGCCGGUCAUCAUCGAGGAUACGGUUGCACCUCAUGUGCUACUUGGUGGCAACGUGAGUAUGUCAAAAACUCCUAUUGUUUACACCCCAUCUGAUCCAUUUACCCUGUGAAUUAGUAUCUGCAGGUUUGGUUGUGUUUUGGAUCUCUCUGGUGGGAAAGGUGUAAAAAGUAUACAGUGAAUGAACAUAGAGAAGUUGAGUAUUGUAAAGAUUACUGAUAUUCAAAGUUUCUCAGCUAAAUUUUAUUUUAUCGUUUCUUUUUAGGCUGUUUUUAUUAUUUCUUGUUAAUAAAUCAGAAGUGUCUUCGUUA